AUGGCUAUAGGGGUAAACGUAGUGGAGAAUCAACUCCAUGUUUGCUCAUUUAAUGUCAGAUCAAUUAGAAACAAAACUGCCUCUCUUUGUGACUAUAUUGUGUCCAACAACUUUGACGUAGUGGCCCUCACAGAAACAUGGCUUGGUACCAGUAAUGACAAGAUAUGUAUAAAUGAACUUGUUCCUGAAGGUUAUACCAUCAAACAUGUUAGCAGAGGGUCAUCAAAGCGUGGAGGUGGCGUAGCACUCAUAUACAAACGUUCAAUAACUGUUAAACGAGUUACAUCCAAUCACUCAUUCUCACAAUUUGAACUACUAGACUGUACAUUAGAAAUAAAUGGAUUGAUCCUACAGUUAGCUACAGUGUAUAGACCCCCUCCUUCAAAAGAAAACGGACUAAAGACCAACGUAUUUCUAGAAGAAGAAUGGCCUAGAUUUCUAUCUGAGUAUACAGUCACAGACAAAGAAAUAAUCAUUGUUGGUGAUCUUAACGUUCAUUUUGAUGUUCCCACCGACCGUGACACAAUAACUUUUAACAGUAUCCUUGAAUCAAAUGGCAUGAAACAGCUUGUGAAUGAACCCACACAUAUCCGUGGACAUACAUUAGACGUUAUCAUAACUAGAGACACUAGUAACAUUCUAUCCAGUAUUCUUGUUACCGAUCCCGGACUCUGUGGUCACGCGGAAAAUAUGAAAAAAGACCAUUUUGCCGUUACAUUUACCGCUAAUGUUACCAAACCACUACUAGUUCGAAAAGCAGUGACAUAUAGAAAACUAAAAUCGAUCGAUGUUGACUUAUUCAAACAGGAUAUAGAUAACAUUGACUGGGACAAUGCUUCAAGUUCUAACGUGGAUAGGAUGGCCCAAGUGUAUACGGAUGAACUAACAAAACUCGUUGACAAACAUGCGCCUGUCCAGUCCAAGACUAUCACACUUCGUCCUCAGUCCCCUUGGUUUGGUGAUGAUCUACAUUCAGCUAAACAUCUCAAACGAAAGUUGGAACGCAAGUGGAGAGAUACUAAAUUAAUCAAUGACCAUCAAAUCUACAGAAAUCAGUGCAUAGUCUAUAACAUCAUGUUGCAUGAAGCCCGUACAAAAUACAUGUACUACGCAAACAAGGUAGAAGAGUCAGGCCGUGAUACCAAGAGCUUGUUUAAACUCACAAAACAUCUCCUUGGUGGUAACAGUGAUAACAAUGUGCUUUCCUCUGGUUCCACACCGAAAGAAACAGCUCAGAACCUAAGUAACUUUUUCACAUUAAAGAUUGAAAACAUUCGUGAUGGAAUCAGAUCUGAUCAGACCGGUGAUGCAAAGGAACAUGAAAUAGAACCCCAAACGAACUCUAGACUUUUAAACUUUCUACCUGCCUUGCAAGAAGAAGUUAGAAAAAUCAUUCAAAGUUCGCCCAACAAAUCAUGUGAACUGGACCCCAUACCAACAUGGCUUCUUAAAUAA